CCAGGUGUCACGCUCACAGCCUAAUCCUAACCCCUAAGGGGCUGGGGAGACAAAACAGGAGUGCAAACAAGAACUUUCUGUGAUAGACUUCUGUAUCGGUGAAAUGGAGCCAAGAGGGGAGAGAGGCUCGCAGAAAUAUUACAAGCCAAGCAGGCAAGCAGAGAAGGGCGAAACACCUAAGCGCAUUUUAGAUCGCGGUGUGCUUAAUAUGACCAGUGUUCAGGAAAGGGAGGAAGAGAAGAAGCAAGGAGCGGACAUCUGCUAGGAUAUGAAAUUUGAGCCUGGGCGCCGGGCGGUGGUGGUGCACACCUUUAAUCCCAGCACUCGGGAGGCAGAGGCAGGCGGAUCUCU